CAUUUAAAGUGAAAAGGCACUCGCACAGUAUUAUUAACCCCUUAUCCCUGCAUGCAGGAGGAGAGGGUGAGGGUGUGUGUUUACAAUGACAGAUUCCUGGUGUAAUGUGCUAUUUAUCCGGCUCUCUACAUUCAGCAUCGGACAGCGACAGGAUUUAUUUACCAGCGCGGCUGAGCCGGAACCUACACUCGCUGUUGCUUGUUUCCGGGCGGACCGUUGCACCCGCACAAUGUUUUGCCAGCUCGUUGCUAGGUAACCAGGAAAGCUGGUGACGGCGGCAUUGGGCGGGAAAGCCCGAGUGACGGCCGGUGUCGGAGUGUCAGAGCUGCCAGGCCCGCAGUGACCCCCCUCCUGACAUGGCUGCUCCCCUGCCGGCCUCCGUGUCGGCCAUGGACGCGGUGGUCACGGUGAGCGGCUCCGUGCAGAAAUAUGUCUCCAAGAAGAAGAAGGUGCUGAACGCCGAGGAGGCCGAGCUGUACGAGCUGAGCCAGGCUGCCGGCAUCGUCCUGGACCAGGAGGUGUUUAAGUGAGUGUCACAGCCAGUAACAUUGCAGAUACAAUAAGUAGGCCAUGCUGUGCUCUGUGUAAUAUAAUAUAAUAUACCAAAUGUGUGCUGCUAAUGGAAGCUCAUACCCAGAUAUAUCUAAUGCAACUCAUCCCAUUGUAUCAAACAUCAUAAUCACAACAGACCGAUUAUAAAUGCCAGGAGUACCCUACCUUGGUAAUGGGUCAAGCUAUCUAGUAUUGGUCUUCCCCCUCACCUGGGUCCCCACCAGGCUCCUGGUUGCCAGGCAGAAGCAGAUGCAGUCGUGGUUCAUUGGCUGAGAGCGUCAAGUGCCUGGGCAUGAUCUGUAUACUAAAACGGUUUCAUUAACCACUUAAAGAAACACAUGACAAUCUAUGCCGUCAUACAGUGCAGGGCUUUAAUGGCCAUGGACGGCAUAGACUGUCAUGCUGUUUUAAUAGUAACCCCAAGUAUUUAUUUUUUUUUGGACACCUGUGGCUCUUCUCUAUCAGCUGAAGUCAAAAGUAGUGGUCCCAGACUGAAAAAUGCUAUUUGCUGAGUUCAAAGUGAGCGGUGCAAUCUGGGAUUUAAAUCCCCAUUGUCACAAUGUAGUGUGAGCAGGGUUAAAUUCCUGCUACCCACCAGUAUGGGGCUUCACUCUUGGCCCCAAACUGACAGGUGAGAUCCUCCCCCCCCCCCCCCUCAUGGUCCCACUCUCACCGGGCUGAAGGGGUUAAACUCUUACCUUUCGCCAGCGCCAGGCUCCCUCGGCGCUGGGGAACUCUCCUCCCUCUCUCGACAUCAGUUUUGAUUGCGCAUGCACUGCAAGAGCCACAUGCGCAUUCAAUGCUUUCCUAUGGACAUCAGCUUCUUCUCACAGUGAGAAGCGCGGAAGCACCUCUAGCGGCUGUCAAUGAGACAGCCACUGGAGGCUGGAUUAACCCUAGUUAGUUGAUCUAAUUGCAUAUGCCUGUCAAGUCUUAUGGCUUGACUGCAGAUCUGUAUUUAACAAUACAUUGACACUCUAUCUCUCUGAUUUAUUUAUAUAUAUAUAUAUAUAUAUUUUUUUUUUUUUUUCACAAAAGUGAGUACACCCCUCACAUUUUUGUAAAUAUUUUAUUAUAUCUUUAAUGUGACAACACUGAAGAAAUUACUCUGCUACAAUGUAAAGUAGUAAGUGUGUAUAACAAUGUAAAUUUGCUGUCCUCUCAAAAUAACUCAACACACAGCCAUUAAUGUCUAAACUUUUUGGAACAAAAGUGAGUACACCCCCAAGUGGAAAUGUCCAAAUUGGGCCCAAAGUGUCAAUAUUUUGUGUUUUCCAGCACUGCUUUAACCCUCAUGAGCAUGGAGUUCACCAGAGCUUCACCGGUUGCCACUGGAGUCCUUUUCUACUCUUCCAUGAUGACAUUACAGAGCUGGUGGAUGUUAGAGACCUUGCGCUCCCCCACCUUCCAUUUGAGGAUGCUCAAUAGGGUUAAGGUCUGGAGCCUUUACCUUCAGCUUCUUUAGCAAGGCAGUGGUCGUCUUGGAGGUGUGUUUGGGGUCGUUAUCAUGUUGGAAUACUGCCAUGUGGCCCAGUCUCCGAAGGGAGGGGAUCAUGUUCUGCUUCAGUCACAGUACCUGUUGGCAUUCAUGGUUCCUUCAAUGAACUGUAGCUCCCCAGUGCCAGCAGCACUCAUGCAGGCCCUGAUCAUGACACUACCAUCACCAUGCUUGACUGUAGGCAAGACAAACUUAUCUUUGUACUCCUCACCUGGUUGCCGCCACACACGCUUGACACCAUCUGAACCAAAUAAGUUUAUCUUGGUCUCAUCGGACCACAGGACAUGGUUCCAGUAAUCCAUGUCUUUAGUCUGCUUGUCUUCAGCAAACUGUCUGCGGGCUUUCAUCUUUAGAAGAGGAUUCCUUCUGGUUAGACAGCCAUGCAGACCAAUUUAAUGCCACGUGGUACCCACAGACUGAGCACUGACAGGCUGUCCCCCACCCCUUCAAUGCUGGCAGCACUCAUACUUCCCAAUGACAACCUCUGGAUAUGACGCUAAGCAUAUACACUAAACUUCUUUGGUUGAUGAUGGCGAGGCCUGUUUUGAGUGGAACCUGUCCUGUGAAACCACUGUAUGGUCUUGCCCUCCGUGCUGCAGCUUAGUUUCAGGGUCUUGGUAAUCUUCAUAUAGCCUAGGCCAACUUUAUGUAGAGCAACAAUUCUUUUUUUCAGAUCUUUAGAGAGUUCUUUGCCACGAGGUGCCAUGUUGAACAUUCAGGGACUAGUACGAGAGAGUGUAAGAGCAAUAACACCAAAUUUAACACACCUGAGACCUGGUAACACUAGUGAGUCACAUAACACCUGGGAGGGAAAAUGGCUAAUUGGGUCCAAUUUGGACAUUUCCACUUAGGGAUGUACUAACGUUUGUUGCCAAUGGUUUAGACAUUAAUGGCUAUGUGUUGAGUUAUUUUGACUAAAUUUGCACUGUUAUACAGGCUAUACACUUACUACAUUACAUUGUAGCAGAGUGUCAUUUCUUCAAUGUUGUCACAUGAAAAGAUAUAAUAAAAUAUUUACAAAAAUGUGAGAUGUGUGUUUGUAUACGUGUGUGUGUGUGUGUGUAUAUGUGUGUAUGUAUAUGUAUGUAUAUAUAUAUAUAUAUAUAUAUAUAUAUAUAUAUAUAUAUAUAUAUAUAUAUAUAUAUAUAUAUAUAUAUAUAUAUAUAUAUUAGUACAGUUGUACCUCGGUUUACGAAUUUAAUGCAUUCUCCGGGACGUUUCUUAUUGCGAAAAAUUUGUAAACCAAAACGCAGUUUUCCAUAGGAAUGCAUUGAAAACCAAUUAAUCCGUUCUGGAAGUCAGAAAAAAGUCAAAAUGAGCUGACAUGGAAACCAACCCAUAAUGCAGAACACACAGUAAAAUGCAUGCAAACGACGAAGCUCAGCUCCCUACCUUUCCACCACUUGAGAAAUGCACUCAAAAAGUCCGAAAACCAUUGCAAAAAGUGGCUCCAAUACUCGAUGCAAAAACCGCUCCAACACCUCCACUCUCGACGCCACGUGGUACCCACAGACUCCAGCAUGCACGGGGGUGGCGCAUGCUGGUGGCAUCCUGGGGAAACUUGCUUUGUAUUUUUAAAAAAGUUUGUAAACCGAGGCAUUAUUUUCAAUGGAUUUUCAUUUGUAAACCAAAAAUAAUGUUAACCGAAGUGCUUGUAAACAAAGGUACCACUGUGUAUGUGUAUAUGUAUAAAUAUAUAUCUCAAAAUACACUUAGAAUGGAAAUAUAUAGAUGAAUCCAAUACAUUGUUAUAUAUAUAUCUCAAAAUCCAUUUAGAAUGGGAAUAUAUAGAUGUAGAGAUAGACAUAUAUUUCCAAUAAAGGUCAGCGCUCCCAGGAAUUUUCUGCAAAUCUUCUUCUAUUUGUAAUCCAAAAACAAUGUAUUUUCAUGAUAAGGACAAUGUUUCAGUUCACAAAAUAAACUGUCAUGUGGAUUUGUCCAGGCCAAUGUGUACAAAUGGUAUUCAAAAUGGAAUUGGGAAUUGCUCACUUUUUAUUAUAUCAUGUUAAUAGAGCUGCAUGUCAGGAAAUGCAGAUAUCUCUGUGACAUUUUCCCCAUUUGUCAGUUUGUUUCUUUCAUAUAUUCUCUGCUAUUUCAUUGUUUAAUAAACUAAACACAUGCAAAUAUUUAACGCUAACCAGCUUUCAUUUUCCCAGGAUUAUUGUGGAUUUAUUAAAGCUGAAUGUGGCUCCAUUAGCGGUAUUCCAGAUGCUGAAGUCAAUGUGUGCUGGACACAGACUGACAGACUCUGCCUCAGCUGAGACCUGCUCUUCUACAUCUGUGCCAUCUAGUAAUACAGAAGCAAGAGGUAACAGAUUGUAUAAUGUACAAUGUUUGUGUACCAGUCAUGGUGCAUGCAGUUUAGGCUUAAAUUAAAGAGCAUUAAUAUCAUCUAUACAUGGUGCUAGCAGAAGAGCUUCAAUGUAUAGAUUUUCCCAAUGGUGGUUUUCUUUCUCUUGGUUUCUGUGCUACUCACCCAGCAAGCAUUUUUCACACUUGAACAUUUACUAUAGGAUGCACUGAGCCCAGUGUUCAGUUUAAGUAUUGCAUACAAGCAUACAUAUGACUGAGGAAGCAAAUUAAACAAACCCAUAGUCAGGCAGUUGUUAUGCAUGAAUGUGACUUAAUAUACAUUUUUAUGCAUGUCCUAUUAAAGCUAUCUAAUGCAUAUUGAGAAACCAAUGAUGUAGCAUACUUGAGCCUAUACACUUAGAAAUAUGUUCUUUUCACCAGGGUGAGUUGCUAAAUUAAUUCAGAUGCUGGAAUUUCAUUUUAGUGGGUGUAUAUCACUUUGGUAAAAUGUAAUAAUUGUUUUUGUUUUUUUUUAAUAAAACUCCAACAGUAAAAAUUUGCAGAUUUUCAGUUAUUUGUAUUAAAAGCUAUAAUAACACCUUAACAGCAUUGAGUACGCAUAUAUACUUUCUCCUCUUCCAUUCUUUUCUCUCUCUUAAAGGACCCCUCUAGGCACCCAGACCACUUCAGCUUAAUGAAGUGGUCUGGGUGCCAGGUCCAGCUAGGGUUAACCCAUUUUUUUAAUAAACAUAGCAGUUUCAGAGAAACUGCUAUGUUUAUGAAUGGGUUAAGCCUUCCUCCAAAGCCUCUAGCUGCUGUCUCAUUGACAGCCGCUAGAGGCGCUUGCGUGAUUCUCACUGUGAAAAUCACAGUGAGAGCACGCAAGCGUCCAUAGGAAAGCAUUGUAAAUGCUUUCCUAUGCGACCGGCUGAAUGCGCGCGCAUUCAGCCGAAGGGGAGGAGAGCUCCCUGCCCAGCUCUGGAAAAAGGUAAGUUUUAACCCCUCUCCAGAGCCCGGCGGGCACCCUCAGGGCACUAUAGUGCCAGGAAAACAAGUAUGUUGGUCCUUUAAUGAGAAAUAUAAAGGAUAUCAGAGAGAAUAAGGGAAGAGAAGAAAUGAUAAAGGCCUAUCCCCUUGGGCAGGGUUCUUGACCCCGGGCCAUGUGUCCUUGUUGAGACACAGGUACCGUUAGGAGGGUUUGUUUCAAACCAACUAUCGAGAGAAUGGCUCUAACCCUCAAGGUCAUCUUGUUGGGUGAGAGGCCAUCCUGUAUUUUCUGGCUUACAACCAGAAUAGAAGAGUAUGACUGUAAUGUAAAUGUCGAUGUUGUGAAGUGUUUGUGCAUGCCAAUAGGAGCACCGGGAGAUUUCUUUAAAGAACAUGGUUAAAAUGGUAUCGGUAAACACUCAGGGCCUAAAUUUACGAGCAAAAAAAACUCUGGUCUACGAUUUUUUUUAAGAAUCAAAAUGUAGAGGUCGGGUUCUUUCAAGAGACUCAUUGGAGGUUGAUAGACAAUGUAAAAUGGGGAGGGGCUAAAUUUCCAAAUGUAUUUCAUGCCUCUCUUAAUGAUAGGAAGAAAAGAGGGGUGGCUAUUUAUUGUGGCAAGUUCCGUGAAAUUUGAAUUAAUUUAUCAAUUUGCAGAUACCGAAGCUAGAUUUUUUAAUUAUUGUUUGUAAACUAAAUGAAAUUAAAUAUACAUUGGUUAACAUAUAUCUGCAUAACUCUUAAAUAUACAUUGGUUAACAUAUAUCUGCAUAACUCUUACUCUUACAUACUAGAACAAGUUGAAUCUAUAAAAACUGGAGUGUGUAUUAUAGCAGGAGAUUUUAACUGCGUUUUGGAUCUAAUCUUGGAUAAGAAGUUUAGUAAUAAUUUAAAAGCCGAUGGUUCUGUAGUAAAAAUGGCUAAAUUCCUAAACAAGUUACUGAAUGAAUUUGAUUUUUUUGAUCUAUGGAGAUCUUCCUACCCGGAGAGACAGGAUUAUACUUUUUUUUUUUUCUCUAGAGUACACUACUCAUUCUCGCGUAUUGAUAUGGUGUGGGGCAACGCAAUAGCUUUAGAAAAGGUAGAGAAGAUUGAAAUCAGGGAUAAUCCCUGGUCAGACCAUAGCAUUAAUAUCUGGAUUAUGAGAGAUCAGUGGAAUAAUAUAAACAAAGCUACAUGGAGAUUAACCCCUUAAGGACAGAGCUUCAAAAGCUUGUCUUUUACUGAAUGACAACAGCAUUUUUUUCAUUUUUUGCUGUUUGCGUUCAACUGCAAUUUGCAUUUUACUAAUUUAUUGCACCGACACAUAUUAUAUACCGUUUUUUAAAGGACAGAAAGGGCUUUAAAUGCUUAGUUAUUAUUAAAAAAAAAUACCGAAAAAUGCAAAAAAAAAUAUUUUUUAAUUUUUUUACAGUUUUUGCAAUAAUAAUGUGUGCACAAUUAGUGCAGGUUAAGGAAAGUAAUUAAAAAUAAAUUAAUUUAGUUGUUCUGAUUUACAGAAUAUAUAAUGUGUCUGGGAUUUUAAUUUUUUUUUUUUUUUUUUGGUAGUUACAGGUCACAAAGCACAAGGAGUAAAAUAAACUUUUAAUGUGGAGCGAUUUUAGAAUUUGGUAUGUUUGUCUUGUAAGCUUAAUAGCCAUAAAAGAAAACAAAAUUGCCACACAAAAGGUAUAUAUUUAUAUAAAGUAGACAUCAUGGGCUAUUUACCUAAGGUGGUUUUGACACUUUCUAUGUAGCCAUUUCACCGCCAACGUCUGCUAAAUAUUGGAGUAAAAUUGUGAUGUUUUUGGGGGGGUGAGCGGGGGGGGGGGUUGGCACACAAACUCAUAACAAAGAAAUUCUCAUGUGUAUUUUGUAAAGUUGGUGUGUGCUAUUCCUGUACAAAGUUUUAUUUUGUGUUCAGUUACAUCUGCUGAGUAAAAUGACACCCCCAUUGUAUGUCUUUGGCACUAUUUCGUGAAGUUACAGUGCCCUAUAGGAUACCUGUCCUUUUCAGUAUUCACAGUAGAAUUUUGAGAGACGGAUUUAAUGAGCCUUUGCUUCCAUUUGGGGUAUUAUAGUAGUUUGACUGUUCAAAAAAACCCCACAAAGGCCUACCAUUUGUAAAAGUAGACACUCCAGGGUAUCUCGUAAGGUGCAUAUUGUGCCUUAACAUGCCCACAUUUUUUCACCAAUAUGCCAUAGUAUGUGGUAAAAAAUAAUUUUGUGCAUUUUUUACAUACAGAUUGCAUUUUUGCUGGGCAUUUUGUAUAUUUCAUAUGUGCCACUAAGUUCAAACCCCCCAAAUUAUGCUCAGCUAUGUCUUCUGAGUAAAAAGACACCCCCAAUGAAUGUCUUUGGCACUAUUUCGUGAAGCUACAGUGCCAUAUAGGAGACCAGGCCAUAUCAGUUUUUACCGAACUUUGAAUUUUGAUGCUGGGCCUAUGUGCAAUUUCCAAGCAUCUUCGCAGGUUUUAAAUUCAAACUACCCCACAAGGGCCUACCAUUUCUUAAAGUAGACACCCCAGGGUAUUUCAAAAGGUAUAUUAUGAACCUUAGCGUGGGAUCAUUUUUCCGCUAGCUUGUACCAAGUGUAGUGGUAAUAAGCGUUUCUGCCUUUUUAACACAGAAAGUGAGUUUGCGCAGUAUAUUUUGCAAACCUUAUGUGUGCUACGACUGUAUAAUACUUCAUAUGUUGCUCAGCUAUGUGGUCUGAGUACAGCAAUACCCCCGUAUGUACCUUUGCCAGGUAUAUGUGGAUGUUGAAGGGGCACAUUUGAGACGCAGCCAUUCAGUUUUUUUCUAACUUUGAAGUUUUACGCUGUGUCCAUGUUCCAAUUUGGAGUAGUUUAGACGGUUGGUUAUUGAAACUUCCCCACAAACACAUACUAUUUAUUAAAGAAUACACCCUGGGGUAAUUCAAAAGGCAUAUUUUGAACCUUGGCGUGGGAUAAUUUUUUUUCUCUAGUUUGUUCCAGGUGUAGUGGUAAUGAGCGUUUUUAAAUGUAUUUUUUUACUUUUUAAACUUUUUUACUUUUAAAAACUAGUUUUUAAACUUUUGUUUUGCUUAUUAAUUUUUUUAAACUUUCCUAAACUUUCUUAAAACUUUUUUACAGAUUUAACAUUUUUCUAAGCUUUUUUUUUUACCGUUAACCCCUAACUAGCAGUAAGCAGCACUAACAGUAAAUUCCCCAUUUUCCCAUAACUCCCACCCACCCCAGCUAGCAAAAUAUAUAAUUAUAAAAUAUUUAAAUUAGUUAAUUAAAUAAAUUGAACCCCUGAGGGUUAAUAAAUAAAUAAAAGUUAAUCGUCAGGGUUUAAAAAAAAUUAGAUCACAGUAUAAUACUGUGAUCUGUAUUUUGAUCACUGUAGGCAGUGAUCGACUGGCAGGGAAGGGGUUAAUUUUUAUUUGGACUGGUUAAAGGGGGUGUUUUUUUAUUUUUUACUUAAACAUUAUUAAAACUUUUUAUUAACUUAAUUUUGAACUUUUUAAAGCUUAUUUUAAAACUUUUUUUAACGUUAACCCCUAGUUAGCUUAACACCGAAUCCUCCAAUUCCCCACUAACUUCCACCCACCCCAGCUAGCUAAAUUUAUAAUUUUAAAAUACUUAAAUAAAAAAAUAAAAAAUCAGAUCAUAGUAAAAUGUAAUCCCUGCCAAUUGAUCACUGUAGUCAGUGAUCAAUUGGCAGGGAAGAGGUUAAUUUUUUAUUUAAAUGGGUAAAGUUGGGUGGGAUUUUAAAUUAACUUUAUUUUAUUUUUUUAACAGGGGGCAGGAUCAUCACUGAUCCGUCUCCCUGCACUUCACACAGAACCAGGAAGUGCAGGGAGGCAGAAGGUAAGUAUACUAAGCACAUGUGCUCGCUCUGACAUGUUGUCAGAGCGAGCACAUGUGCUGGGUAGCACUAUCGGGUGCUCCCGGUCUGCCUCUAAUACAGAGGCAGACCGGAGCACCAUUAACCCCGCGAUCGCCGCGAUCUGGGGUUAAUUUUACCGUGUGACAGACGAGGUCCAUCACUCGUCGUUAAGGGUUUCCCCUGAGUGACGGACCUUGUCCGUCACUCAUCAUUAAGGCAUUAAAAGAUUAUCUACUCCAUAAUGGAUCAAAUCUAGAUUCUCUUAGAUCCUAGAUAGAACGCUAUUUUGAAAUUAACAUGCCCAACGAAACCUCAUUUUCUAAUAACUGGUGUUCUUUUAAAGCUAACAUGAGAGGCAACUUAAUAAGCUUAGAAGCACACUUAAAUAGGAACAAAAGUCUGGACUUAUUCCCUCUUUAUAAUAAUCUAGCUGAAAAGUGAAAAAGAAUAAGAUUAAUCCUUCUAGAGUUAAUUUAGAAGCGAUUAAGAUGAUUAAAGACCAAAUUAAUCAAAUCAACAUAGAAAAGAAUGUAAAAAUUCUGGCAAAACUUAAGUUGAAAGAAUACAGUAUGGGGAACAGAGCAGACAAACUCCUAACUAAGAAGCUCAGAGAUAAAAGGGUCUCAAGUAGAAUAACAAAAAUAAAGAUGAAUAGCAAGAUCCAUAUUUCUCCCACGUCUAUAGGGAAAUGUUUUAAUACAUAUUAUAGCGACUUAUAUUCCCUUUCAACAAAAGAAAAAGAUACAGACAAAUACCUAGAGGCUAUUGACCUCCCAACAAUAUCAGACUCUCAAAGAACACUUCUUAAUGCUCAGAUAACGACCCAAAAGGGGUGGAGGAAGCUAUUAGAAAAUUGGAGAAUAAUAAAACUCCGGGUCCUGAUGGAUUUUCAAAUAUCUUUUAUAAAGCUUUUGGUGAUCUUCUCAAAAAACAAUUAGCAGACUUAUUUAACAAUAUAGUAGAAACCGGUCAAUUCCCCAAAGAAAUGCUAAGAGCAAAUAUAACUCCAAUAUUGAAGCAGAAUAAAGACCUAAGUCAGGUGGAAAGUUAUAGACCUAUUUCCCUCAUAAAUACUGAUGUCAAGAUCUUUGCUGCAAUAAUAGAAAAUAGGAUGAAAACCACACUACCUGAUAUAAUAGACCCUGAUCAAAUAGGUUUUGUACCAGGUAGAAUCUCCUCUGAUAACACCAGAUGUAUUAUUGACAUCAUAGACUUGGCUAAUAGAACAAAAAAAAACCUUUCUAUAGUAACGGUGGACGCUGAGAAAGCGUUUGAUAGAGUGGAUUGGGUAUUUAUGAGCAAAAUCCUGAAAAAAUGUGGAUUCAAGGGUUGGAUCCAUCGAGCCAUAAUGUCUCUAUAUACCGGUCAUUCGGUGAGGACAGUGGGCCAUAACAUCUGCGCUGACUGGUUCAAUUUGUAUAAUGGAACAAGACAGGGCUGCCCGCUGUCCCCUAUUCUCUACAUAAUUACUAUGGAAAUCUUGGCUAAUAAAAUAAGAUCUAACCAACAUAUAAGAGGGAUAACUAUUAAACAUAGAGAGUUGAAACUGAAACUGUACGCUGACUAUCUAAUUUUGACCCUUACCGAUCCUAUUAAAUCCAUCAAGGCUUUUAUGGAGGUAGUAAAGGAAUAUAGUGAAAUUUCUAACUAUAAAUUAAAUGAAGAUAAAACAACCAUAUUAGAUAUUAAUUUACAUACAGCCACCAGGACCCACCUACAAGAAUUCUAUAACUUUAAAUGGGCUAAAAAUAGUAUCCCAUAUCUAGGGAUAUUUUUGACAAGUAAUCCCUCAGAAUUAAUGCAGAUUAACUUUUUGAGCAACUUUAGGGACAUGUCCAAAGCUCUGAACAGAUGGAAAAAAAAUAGAAAUUUCUUGGUGGGGUAGAAUGAAUUUAAUAAAGGCAUAUCUCUUCCCUAAGUGGGCAUAUAUGUUCCAAAUGCUUCGCAUAAGAAUACCUAGACCAUGGCUCGACAUGAUUCAAAAUUCGGUCACUAAUUUUAUUUGGAAAAACAAGAGACCUAGAAUAAAAUACUCCUGGCACAGAUAAUUAAAGGAGGCUUGUGUUUUCCGACCAUUAACGAUAUAUAUCUGGCAAACGAGUUCUUCCAUAUUUACCGAACCCAGUUGGAAAGUGUUAAGAACGAGGGGUGGUAUAUCCUAGAAAGGGAGAUAUGUCAAGUUCAAGAUCUAAGUUCUUUACUCUGGUAUAGUCCCGCUGAUCCUAAAGUCCGAUUUAUUAGCUCUCCUCCGUUCCUUCUCCUUGGCUGAAUGCGCACGCGCGGCAAGAGCUGCGCGCGCAUUCAGCCGGUCACAUAGGAAAGCAUUCAUAAUGCUUUCCUAUGGACGCUUGCGUGCUCUCACUGUGAAAAUCACAGUGAGAAGCACGCAAGCGCCUCUAGUGGCUGUCAAUGAGACAGCCACUAGAGGAUUAGGGGGAAGGCUUAACCCAUACAUAAACAUAGCAGUUUCUCUGACAAUUUUGUUGUUUAUGAAAAAAUGGGUUAACCCUAGCUGGACCUGGCACCCAGACCACUUCAUUAAGCUGAAGUGGUCUGGGUGCCUAGAGUGGUCCUUUAACUCUUAAAAUUGAAUUAAUACCAUAUUACGUAACAGACCUUAACUUAAAGAGUUGGAUCCUUAGUGGUAUCGUCCAGACUGACCAGUUGUUUGUAAACGACAAAAUCAAACCAUUCCCACAACUGAAGCAGGAAUUCCGGUUACCUAAUAAGGAAUUAUUUACAUAUUUGAGAUAAAAAAAAAACUUCUUAAACCAAAAGAUUGAGCAUAAUCCUCAAGUCGGGGCUAAACUGAUAUGUUUAAUAUCAAAUAAUAAGACAGUAAAUAGAGUAUCUGCUACAGCAAUGAAUGCUAUCCUAAAACUGGAUGCACCUCCUGUCAUUACGUCUUUGCAAAAAUGGGAGAAUUAAAAAUAAAAAUUAAUAAGGGAAAUUGUUGUGCAGUUAUACCCAGAACAGCUAAAAAUAUUCAUUGUUUGAAUUUACUGGAAACAUUAUAUAAAGUAAUAAAUAGAUGGUAUCCUGUCCCUACCAGACUAGCCAAUAUGUACAGCUCGACUGCACCACUAUGUUGGAGAUGUAAGCAACAGUUGGGCUCUUUCAUACACAUUUGGUGGGAAUGUGAGAUUGUCAGAAACUUUUGGCAGGAACGUUUUGUUACUCUUGAUAAAUUGAUUUUCUAAGCCUAUUCCUAAAUUUCCAGAAAAUGCUAUUUUACAUUUAAAUAUUGAUUCCUUAUCUCAGAAGGAUUUGAUUAUUUAUAUUGAUUUUAUGAUAGCGGUAAAGAUAAUAAUAGCUAGGAAUUGGAAAAAUUCAUUACCCUUUUCUUUAGACAAACUCUUAUCUCAGGUUAAGUUUCAAUUGGGAAUGGAAUCCCAACUAGAUAAGCUAUAUGGUAAAGAUCUGAAAGCUAAAGAUUAUAGUACCUUUUGGCUAGAAAAGUUAUAAAGUGAAUAUGGGGAUUAUGGUUGUCCCUGAGUGACAGAAUGUCCAGGUCACACCUAAAGACUAAAGGGCGGAAAACUAGUAUAAGACUCUGUGAUCUUGGAAUUCUGUGACCAAUUUAUAGAACUCCCCUCGCUCUCUAUUUGGCAUGAAAGUUGCUGUAUUUGUAUUUAUAUGUUGUGCUAUGACUUUUGUUAUGAUUUUGAUUGAAUUCUGAACAUCAUGUUUUAUGUAAGCAAGUUAAAUGUCUAUUUUGUAUGAAAAUAAUACAAAUUAUAAAAAAAAAACAGUACUUAUUAGUUACUGCUUAAAUAAAAUAAAAAAUAGCGAUCUAUAAAUUGUGUGUUGCACUCACUAAAAGUUGUUAAAAAGUAAACACGUUAUUUUACCGAUGUAUUGCUAGAGAAAGCUCACAAGAUGGCACUGUUUGAUACAAUCUAAUAAUGUACUGUUGUCAUAUAGCCUAAUCCAGGGAAAAGUUUGCAAAAGAAAGCAAACUACAAUUAUACCCCUGAAAGAGAGAGGCUGUUAGCAUAAUCACAAUUGGAAGCUAACGUCCAACUUCAUGUUAAGUAGUCCUGGGAGGGGAUUACAAACUCACCAUUGUACCCCCAAUAUGUGAACUGUGCAUGUAACAAAAGUUGCACACUCUUAAAUAUACCAGCCCUUAGUUUUGGGCAGUGCACUCAUCUUUGCCCAUGUGUAUAUAUUUAUCAGGACAGUUUGCACCGUAAUGAUGCAUUAUCUCACACCAGUGGGGAUUAAAGCAUUCUUGCGGGUUUGCCUUAUGUUCUAUUUGUGCAAUGGUCCUGAAACAAAGAAAAUACUUCUAAAGCAGACCAUUACCAACUUGUCAACUAUCAUCUACAUUAUAUGCCUCAGAUGGUGCCAUGGCUAAAAUAAAUAUCACUCACAUACAUGCUAAGUACCAGUUCAUCAUUGUUUUCUGAUGGAUGUGGACACUAAAAUAAAGGUAAACUCACUUGUUUCUAGUCCUGGUUUUCAUGCCUAUCUAAAUGUAUAUAUUUUUAAACCUCAGUCUGUCUUGUUUGCAUGUCAAAAUGUUAGGUGGGACCUGGGAUGAGGGAAAACAUAUUUUUAAAAUCUAACAUUCACAUAAUUGCACUGUAGAGCUUACCAUCAGUGAUGAUAGUUAAUAUUGUGUUGCUUUUUAAACAAUCAUGCAUUUCAUUUGUUUGUCUUUUUAAAUCAGAGGUUCCAUUCACGUCAGCCAAGAACAGUAAAAUCCCUGCACCACUCACCUUUUCUUCUUCUGCCUUUCGACCUCCAAGAGUUAAAGGCACUAAGAUUGUGGUCUACAGUCCUGUUGAUGCUUGCUCACCUCUUUCUCAAGGUCCCUCUGGUUCCUUCGAGCUUUCUUGCUGCCUGUUCUCCCCAUUUGCAGGUUGCAAUUAAUGGUUUAUACACUCUAUAUUACACAGUCUGAAAUUACACUAGGAAUCUUAUAACUGGAGUUCUGAAAAUCUCAUUUGCAAACAUCAGCAUUUUUUUUUUUAAAUGAAUAUUUCAUGCAUGUACCCAGAACUGAAAAGGUGAUGAAAAGAGACCUCUUAAAAAUGUGAAAGUUCACUGCUGCUGAAAGGAAUCUGUCCGAGUACAUACUAACACACAUAUACUUUUAACAGCAAGAUUUUAAAUGGGCCAAUAAAAUUGUGCAGAUUUUCAGUUAUUUGUAUUAAAAGCUAUAUUAACCCCUUAACUGCAGUAAUUGAGUACGCAUAUAUACAAUUCUGACGAUGUCCCCCAAGGAGGCAGAUCAGGGGUCAUGGGCGGGGCCAGUACUAGCGGGUUUUCUUACCGGUUAAUGUUUUUAACCGUCGAUGUUUUUUCAAUAUCCACCUUUAAUUUAGUUUGUGUCCCUAGUAUAAGCAGAUUUCCCUUGCUGCAGUUUGCAUGAACUGCAAUUUAUUUUUUAAUGAGGUUUUCAAUUCACAAAGAUGGUUUGAAAUUGAGGCAUUACAAAUAAAGUAUUUACACCUGGAUCACAGCUUAAUCAGACAUGCAUGAAUUCCUGAGUUUCCUAGUGUGAUCAGACUGCUGUAUAAGGGGCUUUGACUGUUGCACUCUCUAUUACAUUGCUGUACGUAAGUGGAUUAUAUGAAUGUACAAAGCAUAGUAUUGCACAUUUCAGGAUCUUCCUUCAGCUGAAAGCAAGCAUGUUCGCUUAUACCUGCUUUUAAAUGCCAUGCAGAACAUUAUCAUUUCCUUACCUGUUAAAAGAAAAAAAAACAUUUCCAUAAUCUUCGCAUAUAUUCUCCUGAUUAUUAAAGUAAAACCGUUAGUUGGAGAAAUUUGAAGCAUUUUCACAAAUGGCGUGUUAUAUCUCUUGCCAGCAUAUUAAAUCUUGCUAAUGCUAUUCAAGAGAAUUUUGUUUCACUGGUAAUAGGCUAAAUGAUGCUGCUGUAUAGAUGUGUCUACAGCAAUGAGGACUUUAUUGUUGACUGAGCAACGCUAUAGUGUGCUAGUCAUGAUGUAGGUGACCGCCUCGCCUAUAAGAGUUUAAAACGUAAGUUAACCUACCUUUUCUCCAAUGCCGCGCUUCUCUUACAAUGGACCCCACCUCCUAGGUAUCCAUCAUAGGUAAGCAUGAGGCCAUCUAAGUUAAAUUAACUAAUAACUGCUACUAUCAACGAGACUUAGAUAUCACAUGAUACCUGGGGCUGCUCUUUGUCUGCUGGAGCCAAAUUUAAUGGCCACAUACGCAUCUAUGAGCUGUGUUCAGUGCUCAUAUGAGUGUAGAGUUAGGGGUCGUAUUAGGGCUAGAAAUAACAUAAGUGUUUGAAGUUUAUCCAUAUUGUGACACAGUUUCACUUCACCAAAGAGUGCAAGCAAAUAGCUAUUGUUAAAACUAGGGCAUGAUGUUAUUUGACUCUAUAUGUUCCCCAGAAAUCUGGCAAAGUUAUAUAUGAGGUGUAUUUCUGUACUUUGGAGAUGCAGAAUACAAACCAGGGGUCUUUAAAGUAGUAGGAUACACAAGAGUUGUGGUUAACUACCAUGGGUGGAGUCUACUUGCCUACAAAUAUAUACUUUUGUGUGACGUUUUUGGAUUUUGAGACUAAUAAAGCUGAAUUUUCAGCAUACCGUAUUUUGUAGAGGUUAAGCUUUAAAAUUGUAAAUCACUCCUUGUAAUAGUUGUCCUAUAACUGCCAAAAACUAGUUGCAAUCCUAGAUACAUAAGACAUUUAACAAUCAGAAUUUAUAAUUGAAUAUGUUUUUGAGCAUUUUUUAUUGCACGAGUUGUAUAGAAAUUCACAAAAAUGUGUCAGCAAAAAGUGCCUUUUUUUUUUUUUGAGCAUUUAUAAAACAAAUAUUUUAACCAUACAUGAUGUGUUAUGUAUACAUACAGUUUAUCAGAUGAAAUCACCCUCGUCUGUUAUUUAUGGGUGCUCUAAAGCAGAAAGCAUUAGAUUAUGUUGAAAUUAAAACAUAGCCUAAGUGCCAAAAAAGGUAUUGAUCACAAAUGCAUAUAAUCUUAGAAAAGCCUUGGUCACUAAAAGGUUAAACACAUGUUUUUAAAACAUCAUGAGGUGUGAUCCAAAAUGAUCAAAACCAGCAAGGGCAGCAGGUGGUAUUUGCAGUUGCAAUCCUUAUUUUGGGCACAUACGAAGUACAACACUCUGUUAGAGCCUUGUUUUGGCAAGAGACCAUAAAACAUUACUUAAGCACAUCAUCAGAAAGGCUUGCUGGAGUAUUGUAUUAUGGUCUCUUCAUUGAAUGGUUUUUUGGAAAAGCUGAACUCCUUUGCACCUUCUGGGGUAGGUGCUAUUCCAUACUUGUGAAAUACACCUUGGAGGAAAACCACUCUCUUUGGGUGUAAUUUAAAUUAACACACGGUAGAAGGCACAAAAUAUAAUCAAUGUAUUGGGAUAGGUCCCUCAUGUCCCAUCUGUCCAAAACUAUCACAUAUCUAUUCUGGAACACUUAUUGACCACUUGGAUUUAUAGAGAUUGUCUGUCUGUGUAAAAUUUUACAUGACAUAUCAUGAAACUAAAUAACAGUUUUUAUUCCCCCUUUCAUUCAAAGUGCUGGUAUCAUUUCAUGUUUUGCAAUUGUGUAAAAUGUUUGUCUUUCAAUUUUCAGUUAUUGCUUCUUUUAUGACCAAGAAUUAGCAACUCUGAGCUUUCAGUACUAGUUUUCUAACUUCAGUAAUGAAAGUGCAUAUGGAUCAUGCAUUAAUUUUCUCUUUAUACAACUAAGUAUUGCGAGAGCCAGAAUCACUUGGAAUUCUUUAAAAAAAUUUAUUUUGUUAUUUUUCUCAGCAUUAAUCCUUUGCUCAGUGCUUGCUUCUGGUUACAGCUGGCGUAGCUUGCUGGUGAUUGGCUUUCUACUGCCGCUGUUAUUUUACCUUAGCCUUGCUUCUAGCUGCAUACGUAGGCUUUCUUAUCUACAGAUGUAUACUUUGCUAAUGUUCCUUUAGACAUGUCCCUCUAAUUUUACUGGUUACUGCAGGCAAGUCUCUGAUGCCUCAAAGAUAGGAUAAUGCUAAUUUACAUUGUACAUGUAAUUUCUCAAUCAUUAACCAUCUUUUUAAUAUCUUUUGUGUGGGGUCAUCAAAUUAACCUCUUUUUAUUAUCGGACAUAUCAAAAAAUAAUAACUUUGCAACAUUUAAAGAAGAAAUCCCUGUUUUGGUGUUCUCUGUACACCAUAUAAAAUCAAAUGCCCCAUUUUAAGUCUUAAUUUAUAUAUCCUACAGAGGAAAGGAACACUAGCAACACUUACUGUAAUAUGUAAUCAUGUCCUCAUUAAUACUGUCUUCAUUUUUGAUUGUAGGAAAAACCAAACUGAAUCCUCCUUCAAAUGUCACCCAGAGCCAAAUUGACCGGGGAUCCCGUGAUGGCCCAACUCAGAGAGUCCCACGCCAGCCGAGUGCCAGUCGCAUGCAAAAAAGCAGCAGCUCAGGGAAGAGCAGUGGUGGAAGCAGUACAUAGGAUGUCUCGCUCCUUGACAUCGGAGUAAUAUCCAGACUGUUUAGCUCCUGCUAAUUACAUGCAAAAAAAACCAUGCAUUGUGGUACUGUAUGAGACAGGACGGUUGGUCUUUGUGUGUGUGUGUGCGUGUCGUUUUUUCCCUUCAAAAAGUCUGUAUAAUUCGGAAGAUUACUUAAUAUUUUAAAUCUAUGAUAUGUGUAUGGCUUUCAGUCUUUGCACAGUGUUACUGGUUUGAGCAGUGCAUUUGUCAUCAGUGUGUUUGUUCAAUCCUCUUGUAGUUUGACUCAGGACAUUCUUGUGUCCUGUGGAGCCAGAGGUACAUCAGAUUUCUAAAGAUAACAGCUAAUUGAUAGCUAUCCCCGCCAUAAUUUGAAAAUCCUAGCAUAAGGUUUGGAGGCUUAUAGAAGUUGGGGCAUUUGCAGUCCAUUCAGUGUAUCACCUGUGAACACAUGGGAUUUAACCACAGAUGCAACCUGCUUUUGUUUAUUUUUCUGUUGCUGUACAAUCAUUUCCUGCCAUGUUUAAAGCCUUGGCUAAAAUGUUACCUGCUCAUGCCAAUGAUAAAUGCAUUCUAAGUGCAAACAGUACCUUGGACAGUAGCAAUAUGUACACAAGCUGCUUUGACCAUUCUAAUUUGCCAUGUUUCGACCUCUGAAUUACUGUUUGGAAACAUUAGCAUGUUGUAUCCCUGAACAUGUGGUUUUCUACUGUAAGGGGAUACACUUUCUUGUAUGCAUCAAAUGAGUAAUUUCAUCAUGUGUUCAAUGUUGCAAAGGAUUACAUGUAUAGAAAUGUAUGCUAGGAGUGAUUUUCAAAGUGCCUGUUAUUUUAUUAGUGAUGCAAGUGUAUUAGAAAUAUUGUGUUUAAUCUAAUUGCAUGGAGGUACUCGGCUAGAAAUGGUUGUGUGUAUGCUAAUAUCAUGCUGCUAUAAGGGGGUAUAGUGCAAAAUCAUGUUUCUAUAAGCAAAAACCCAAACCUAGCUGCAGGGUUAUUUGCUGGUUUGUAGAGUUUUCUGUUAACAAUUACAGCCAAAGUUAUGUGAUUAAACCUCACCAAAUGCAUAUUAUAAAGCCUUAUUGUAUACAAUGUACAAACCGUAGUAGAUGUAUAUAGGUACUGAAAACAUAUUUAUUAUUGUUGUGAUAACCAUUGAUAAAUGGAAGGAUGUUUAGUUCUAGUGGUGCUAGAGGCCAAGAAACUUGAGCAGUGUUGAUCUAUUGGAAACUUUAGUGGAAAAUAACUUAAAGGGACACUCCAGGCACCCAGACCACUUCUGCCCGUUGGAGUGGUCUGGGUGGCAACUCCCAUCACCCUUAACCCUGCAAGUGUAAUGAUUGCAGUUUUUAUAAACAGCCACUAGAGGGUCUUCCGGGUUCUUGAAACACGAAAAGUAUUUUAAAUGACGCUGGACGUCCUCACGCUAUGCAGGAGGCCCUCCAGUGUCGUCGGAAUCCCCAUAGGAAAGCAUUUAAUAAUGCUUUCCUAUGGGGAGGUCUAAUGUGCGCGGCCAUUGCCGCGCAUGUGCAUUAGGUCUCCCCUGCCGAUGUCUGGGAGAAACGUGGGUGGAGCUUUACUCAGCGCCGAGGGACACCAGCGCUGGAUUCUGGUAAGUCACUGAAGGGAUUUUAACCCCUUCAGCAACAUAGGAUGGGAGGGGGGCACUGCAGAAACGGAUUUGUUUUCCUUGCACGGGAGAGUCCCUUUAAAUAAAGUGAUUGGCAGAUAGUCUGCUGUUCACAGUUGCUAUUCUGUUUCUCAUCAUUGCACGUUAAGGCCAGCUCUGCUUUAAAACACCAUGGAUGUCUAAAUAUAAUAUAUAUAGCCAUGUUUUGUUAGUUUGCUUAUUGAAUGUCAUUGCUAAUUUUAAGUGUGGUAUUUUGCUGACGGUUUGUGAAUAAUGCUACAAGUUAAUUGUAUUGUUUAUUUUUCUAGAAAACAAAAAUAGCAAAUAUGAAACAAGUGCUAUCUAUAUUGGCUAUUACUUGUGUAAAUAAAAAUACUACAAGCCGAUGUGUUGCCUUUUUCCUUCUAAACCAAAAAACUAAAGUAUCAGAGUAAAACUAAAGCAGAGUGCCAC